AUGCACGUGCCAAAAAGCGUCUUGAUCACCGGAGCGAAUCGAGGUAUCGGCCUGGGCCUUGUCCAUGCCUAUCUCGGCCUCGAUGGUGUCCAACAUGUCUUCGCCACGGCUCGCGAUCUCCCCUCGGCUAAGGAGCUAAAAUCCAUCUCGGACCCCCGACUUCACCUCGUCCAGAUGGACGUCCAAAAGGAUGAGACGAUCAAGGCCGCCGCCGAGCAGGUCGAAAAAGUGGUCGGGGCCGACGGGCUGAACUUGUUGAUCAACAACGCCGGCAUCUGGGAGGCGUAUCCGAUGGAUACCACCCCGAAUCGGGAUAUUGUGAAUCGCGUAUUGGAUGUGAACGGAACUUCCCAACUCAUCGUCACCCAGUAUUUCCUGCCGCUUCUCCGAAACGCCGCUUCCUCAGAAGAUUGGGGCGUCCAUCGCGCCGCUAUCGUAAUGAUGUCCUCUGGUGCGGCCUCAAUCGUCGAUAACGGAAGCGGAAGUCGGAAUGGCAAUCUCGCCUACCGGCUCAGCAAGGCGGCCCUGAAUCAGCUGAUGAAGACGCUGGCCGUGGAUCUGUCGAAAGAGGGCAUUCUCGUGGCUUCUGUAGCCCCGGGCCAUGUUCUCACCGAUAUGGGAGGGAAGAGCGCCGAGAUUACGGUGGAGCAGUCGUGCUCGGAGAUGGUGGCCACAUUCUCCAAAUGGGAAAAGCAGCACACCGGCGGAUUUUUCCGCCGCAACGGCGACCCGUUCCCAUUC